AUGCGCUCUAUUGUGCAACCGAAUGGCCAGAAGCGUUGUGUCUUCAGGGCCGGCGGGGGAGAGCGCGUAAGAAGCGCGAAAAAACUGCGUCGGAAUUCGAGGAACUGGGGCGCGGCGAUGGUGUUGGGAAAAGAAGGACGACGACUCAGGUAAAAAAGAAAAAUUACGUUGACUACAUAUAAAAGACAAUCAAACGUCGCGGUCCUAUACCAACAUUCUUCUCCAUUUCACUCGGCGUCGUCCACUCUUCUUCAUUUACCUCAAGUACUGCCCCAUUUCAUGUUUAAAGCCCGACACGCGACAAGUCGCCCCACUUUUCGCACCUCCAAGUUUACGGUAUCGGCGGGAGGCGCGUUUCAAGUUUACCCGACUGUUUGCAUGGCCCCGUUUUUGCGUGAUAACACCAUUGUUGAUGUCAAUAGUCUUAUUGUCAUGCCUUCGUCUACAGUAUGAGGGCUAUAAGAGCGUAGCCAUUACAUUGUACUAGACAAUUUCGAGGUUUCCGUUAAUUUCCAGCCUACUCAACCCAUUCCACGACCUUUUUCUCUAGUUUUAUCUUCUAAAUUACAAAGCCAACUCAAUUUUACAUCACAGCCGUUCAACAUUUCCCAUUUUUGUUCAAUAUUCAUCUAGAUUUCUGUGUUUUCAGGGAACCAAUAUGUGGCAGAAAGUGGUCGCGGUCCUGCUGGCCAGCAGCACGUUGAUCUCCGCCUCUCCCGCCGUGGUGAUGAACGAUGGGAAGCAGGUAGUGCGAAGACAAGUCCUAGGAGGUGAGUGUUUGCCGUGAGAUCCCCGAUUAAUCUAAUUUGAAUUACCCUUGAUAGCACCUCUCUACUCCCCGUGUGGUCCAACCUUUGGGUGCGCAGCACCUGGUUAUUGUCAAGCCUCAAUGUGUAUGCCUGUAGCUCCAGCCCCACCGCCGCCGCCACCAGUUUAUGCGCCUCCAAUGCCGGCGCCAAUUCCUGUGGCUGCGCCGGCCUACGCUCCACCUCCACCACCACUUCCGGCUCCAGUUCCGGCGUGUGCACCACCUUGUGCAGGGUAAGGGAGGGGCGUUUUUAGUUGAUUUGAGUGAAAGCGCGCGAUUUUUAGACGAAAAAAAUUUUUUUAUCAAGUGCAAUAUAGCCAAACAUAAUUUUUGAUUGGAAUACGCCUCAGCAAGGGGAAUGGUCAACAAUAUAUGGCCUAAUAAUGCAAAUUACGACUUCAGAUGUCUUGGAGGAGGCUGUGGAUGUCCUGGAUUCGCCCCUCCAGUCGCCUGUGCCCCACCACCACCACCCCCUCCUCCAGUUCCCGCUUACCCAGUCCCAGCCCUCGCCCCUCCUCCACCACCAGCCCCAGCCGGUCGUCUGAUCCCUCAAGCCCUGCCCGGAGCGCCAUGUGAACCCGGAGUUGAGUGCACUGGCGGCUCCGUCUGCUCCAUGGGCAUCUGCUUAUGUCCCCCGGAACUGGUCCAAGAGGGCACCGUUUGCGUGAGCCGCACCCUGUACGGCCCCGUCGCGCCAGCUCCGCCUCCGCCACCACCAGUCGCUGCUUACCCGGUACCAGUGCGGCCGGCCUACGUCGACCCAUGCGGAGGCAUCCAUAAGAGAUCGGUUGAAAAAGGUGUUGACUGCCAUAACUAA